CAGCCAGCGGGGCCCCGGGAGGUGAGAAGGAUGAAACGGUGCCAUGUGUUAAUUGAAAGAAAUAGACGGGCGUUAUGGAGAAGCAACAUUUUUAUUUUUUCUUGUAUUUGCAGAUUCGUCAACACGGAUGAUCCCGAGGCCCACACUCAAAACAUCGAGUGUAGACAUCGCUGGCUGAAGAAGUCCAUCAAGUCGCUCCGCACGGACAGGAGCCUGCAAAGUUACACCUGCACUUACGUGUACAGGACGCGGUUCAGCGGUACAACAACAUCGGGCGACACCACCACCUUCGUCAUUGACCCCCAGGACCUAGCCGAGGCGGGGACCAGCGGCCUCACCUACGCAACAUCAGGAACAGGCUAGGCGUCGCCAGGUAGCGAGCGGAUGUCGUGGGAGAUGCAAGAGGAGACGCUGUUGAAGGUGAGUGAAGGAUCUGUUUUCUUUCUGUCGUCAGU